UUAGCUGGCUGAAUAAACGUACUUUGAGUUUCCAGUAUAAAGCGCGAUAAAUCUCGCUCCGCGCUUUCUUGCCAGUGUUUCCACAAUCAAUCUGCUUCUGUACAAUUGUUUUCAACCAACGUGGCAUAACUAAUCCAAGUUCCGUGAAUAAUAAUUGCAAACCUUCCAUGAUUGAUAAAAUUUUUGAUUGCAAACAAACUAAUCUAAAAAAAGCACUGAAAAGAUUCGAAAAAACACCUUCGCGAUGCAGUAGAAUUUUUUGCACUGUCUUCGGUGAACAACUGCAGUGGUGAAUUGCCAGCUUAUAAUUUGGCGCUGGAAAAAAAAACCAGCUUACAACAACAAAGCCGGUAAUACUUGGACAGCUGCGACUGCUUAGCGUACCAUCCAUUGCUAUGAUUUCCCACUUUUUUAUUUGCAUUUCUUCCCGCGUGAAAAGUUUCCAAAUUAGUGAUAUUUCAAAUUUGUUGCGUAUUUUUUUAAAAUGCCUCAAACACGAGCAAAAACGCUUAAAGAGGCAAAAGAUAUUUUUGAAGAGUUGACAAAUGGACCACACCGGGAGAUCGACAUUGUUUGCCUUCCACCGGAAGCUGGUGUGUGCUCUGAUACGGAGGAUAUCGAUGAAAAUGAUCUCAGACCGCAAAUGCCCAAAGAUGUGGCUGGAGAUCUUGAUGUAUGCUACGAAACUGAAUCUGAGACCGAAGAAGUUCCAGCCCCAAAGCGAAAGAAAGGCGUCGUUCUCCGGCCGGAAGUAAACUGGCAACCGGACGAAAGCGCUUUCGUGUCAUUUCCAGAGCAAACUGGAGGAACGCCGAGGAAGCUGGCAGACGAACAUCCAGAGCUGAUCAGCAAGACUCCACUGGAAUUUUUCAAAAUGUAUUUUGAUGACGCUGUUGCGACUCAUAUCAUCACCGAAUCCGAACGAUAUGCCAAGCAGAACAAUGCAGAUUUUCAGCUUCCUAUGCGCGAUCUCUUUUUGUUCAUCGGAAUACUCUUGUACAGCGGAAUUGUGCAGUUGCCUACUACAAGGCACUUCUGGAUGCGCUCCGCGUUGUUUAGCUUCCCGGCAGUUUCUUCGAAGAUGUCAUGCAAACGAUUCGAGAAAAUUAAAAGAUAUUUCCAUCUGGCUGACAACGACCACUUGGAUCCGGAAGAUAAAAUGGCAAAAGUUAACCCAUUCUUCACUCUUUUGAAAGAAAAACUUCUACAGUUCGGAAUAUUUGAUCCAUUUCUUAGCGUUGAUGAAGAAAUGAUCCCCUAUUUCGGUCACCACUCAUGCAAAAUGUUCAUGAGAGGCAAACCAUGCCGAUUCGGUUACAAGCUCUGGGUGCUGUGCGGAUCACGGGGAUAUCCGUACAUGUUUUACGCGUACACCGGAAAGGAUGCUACGGGAAAGGAGGUUGCCGAAUCAGCAAAGCCACUUGGUUCUCGUGUCGUUUUGAACUUGCUGUCUGUGGUCAAGUGUCCAGACGCACACUGUGUGUUCUUCGAUAAUUUUUUCACGUCCUAUGCACUUUUGGAAGAAAUGCGAGCGCUCGGUUUUAGAGCCACCGGUACGGCGCGCGAAAACCGCCUGAAGAAAUGCCCGUUUCCGGACAACAAGAAAUUCAAGAAAACCGAACGUGGUAGCCACGCGGCCUAUUCUACGGCCAAUGUCGUCGCUGUGAAAUGGCAUGAUAACACCGCAGUAUGUCUCGCGUCAAACUACGAUACCGUUGCGCCGCUUGGAAAGGCAAAGCGAUGGAGUCGCGCCGCGAAGAAGAAGAUUUUAAUUGACCAGCCUCAGAUGAUUUCAAACUACAAUAAGCAUAUGGGAGGUGUUGACCUUUGCGACCGGUUUAUUAGUAACUUCCGGCCGAUGCUACGUUCCAAAAAGUGGUGGUGGCCUUUGUUUUCAAACUCUAUUGCAAUGAUCGCGGUUGCGGCUUGGCGAGUUCAUUGUGAGGUGGGAGGCAAACUGACUCAAAUCGAGUUUCUGUCACAGCUGGUUGAGGAAUUGCUGAUGUGUGAUGCGGCGCCGAUCACUACUGCAACUGGACCGUCCACUCCGAUUUCCGAUGCCGCCCGCUACGACAGCUGUGGACACAUCCAGGAAAAAUGCAAGCGCGGACGAUGCAAGCUGUGUAAAGGCAACUCGGCAUGGCAGAAAUGCAGCAAAUGCAAUGUUAAAUUGCACAAGGACUGCUUCAUGAAGUUCCAUAUGCGAGCAUAACGAACGUUUUGGGAAUUACUAUUGCUAGAAUCGUUUAUUUUGUAU